AUGGCUCCCCUGUCACUCAUUUUGUUAUCGUUCGCUGCCUCGACCCAGGCCAGUCCUCUUUGGGGCUUGGCUAAGCGUCAGGAUAACCAGCAGCUCUGCGGCAACCCCGAUAUCACGCCUGCUGCGAGUCUCGUGGUGCCUGGUGCCCAAGGAGACGUGAUUUUCACCCCGUCCCAAGUUGAAGACACUGCUCUCUGGACGAUUCCUACGCCAACAACCAUCUCAGAGACUGAGACUAUCUAUCCCUUUGGAUAUGUCUGGGUUCCCUCUGAUCCUACACCCCAAGAGGUCCCUGCUCUGCCUACGGUCGAUGUUCCCUACCCUCUGCCCGAGGGUGCUUCAGAGACUCUUUGCAAUGUUGAAGCGCCGACCACUACCACACUUCCCCCAGUCAUUCCUACCACUUCUGAUGGUCCUGUUGAAGACCUGGCCGAACCUCAAACCCCUGUUACCCCAGUGGAGGAGUUGAGCACCAUCCCUCCGAUCAUCCCUUCCUCAUCCGAAGCCCCAGUUGAGGAUACGCUUGAGCCUACAAAUCCUACAACUUUCGUAGAAGAGUCGAGUACCGUCCCACCCUUAGUUCCUACUACAAACACAGAGCCCGUUGAGGUCCCAAAUACACCCAGCAGCGCUCCCCCCGAGGAAGAGUCAACUACUGAGAUUCCUCCUGUCCUGUCCACGACAUUUUCCGAAAAUACCGAAGUUGUGAACACACCCGUGUCCACUGAAGAAACUACCUCAACUGAGGAUCCUGCGAAUGCCGGGACAACAACCACUGAGGGCAGUUCUACCGAGACUACGGAGGAACUGACCGAGACCACAACCACUACUGAAAAGCCUGUGACGAAUGAGGAGACCACUACAACUGAAGUUACGAGCACUGAGACAACAUCCGAAGAGACUCGGGAGACGACGACCACUUCAGUUGAGGAGUCCACCACUGAAAGCACCACAGCAGGAGAGACUACGGCGGAGACCACAACUGAAGCAUCCACAACUGAAACCCACGUUGACGAGACUACCACGACCGACAAGCCAGCUGAGGAGACCAUAACAGAGGGAGACGUCACCACUACCGAGGAAAGCCCCGAUGAAACUACUACCACUGAGAAGCGCCCUGACGAGACUACUACUGAGGACCAACAACCUGGGGAAACCACUACUGCUGAAGAUGAACCCAUCACCACCGACAAGCCUAAUGUAACCACUGGAUUCCCCGAGUUUGAUCCCCCAACCACAACGGUUAGCGGCCCCGAGGCCACUGAGGAUGCCACUGAUGCGGGUCCCAUCAUCCUUGCUCUCUGGUCUAACCGAGACAUGAUUAAGGAUGAGGAGAAGAAAGAAGAGUACAUCAAGAAGACCGAGGAAACUCGAGACGAUAUUGUCCUUCUCUGGACCAACUUUGAUGUCAAGCCCGAGAUCCCUGAGGAGUGUGGCAAGACAGCUCUGAAGAAGAGAAGUCUUAUCUCGGGUGUUCUUGACCUUCUUGAUGAUGCUGCUAAGCUGAUCGGUUGCGCGACCAAGGUCGUGGAGAACUUGGUUGAGAACGUCAAGCUUCCUGAUCCUCCUAUUGAUGUCAUCGAGACUCUCACCGAUACUCUUAAGGAGAUCUCUGAGAAGCUCGAGGAGGAGAAGGAAGAGGAAGAGAAGGAAACCGAUGAGGUUUCCACCACAGAUGAGGCCCCUAGCACAACCGAAGAGCCUACCAGCACGACUGAGGAGCCUACAACUACCACUACCAGCUGCGUUGAGACCGGAGUUGAGAGCUGCACUCAGACCGUCUACUUGUCUACUUCGUUCUUCAAAGAUGGAGAUGCUGACACUUCCACCGUCAAGACCGUCACAACUGAGGACUGCGUUACCAUCACCCAAUGCGAUGCUGAGCCUACCACCGAAGUCACCACUGUAACAACGGCUACUUCAACUAGCGCAUCUGACAUUGUCUGCGACGUCAACUGCUCCCAAUGCAACCCCCAGAAGCGAUGGGAGCAGCCAACUCUGACUCCCCAGGAGCGUCGUGACCGACGAUGGCUGGUCAAGCGCAUGGAUAACAUGGACCAGCCCAAGUAUGACACAGAUGAGAAGAAGGAUUCGUAUAUCCGUCGCCAGACGGGUGAAAUCUCCGAGAGAUUGGACUGGAACACUGUGUCUACUAAUGUUGUGUCCGUUGAUGCAGCUUGGGAGGAUUUCCCCUUUGGUCUGCAUGUCGAGGGUCUCAUUGGAUGCACUGGAGUGACCAUUGCCUCUGAUAAGGGUGGAUGGCUUGCUCACUUUAUGGAACCAGGAUUCUUCUACGACGAGAAGAAGCCUGACGACGAUUCUGUCAACAAUGGCCGCAAGGACCUCUGGGACGAGAUGAUGAACCAGCUCCGAGACCAACCCGCCGAGGGAAGAACGGUUUCUCCCAAGUUCACGCCCCCAUCUCGUCUCGCUGGUGAUGAUGGUGUCCUCUCGGCUGACUCCAAUGUCCAAAUCUUUGUCCAAGUGCCUCGAACUCGAGACUCAACCUUUGAGAACCCUACACUUCUGUACCAGAGCCGUGUCGAUGAACUUAUUGGCUACUUGAACGGCGAAGGUGCUCCUUUUGCUGGCGCCGAGGUCAUCAUCAAGACUUAUGUCAAACCGCCUCCCGAAGAUGAGGAGUCUGAUGAGGAUCGCGAGGCUCGAGAGAAGUCUGCCCGAGGUAUCAUGUUUAUCGAGUAUGAUGACAUGCAGAUCAACUGGGAGACCAACGAGAUGUCUGAUCCUCCUGACCGCAUGUGGCGUGUCUGGUCAGAGCGCAGCUACUACGAGCGCCGCAUGACUGAGGAAGAAGAGGCCAGUCCCACUUGUGCCCGUCAUGAGGAUGAGGCUGCUGGUAUGGACCCUCAGUUUGCCAAGGACUUGGCCAAGAAGUUCUGCGAGGAUAGCGAUGUCAACUUUGACGAGGACGCUGAGCUUCAGCUUGGAGGAGGUGACUUGGAUCCUACUAAGGACCUUGCUGCCGACAUCAAGUUUAACUUUGAGAAGAAGGACGGGCAGUGCUCCAAGCCUUGCACUGAGAUCUAUGAGCAGAUGGUUUCUAGCUGCCAGUACAACAGCCAUCUCUACACCGGUAAGGCCGAGUUCGAUCUGGGCUGUGGCAAGUAUACCAUGGACACGAUCCCGGUCGAGAAAGAAGAGCCCGAGCCUGAACCCGAGCCCGUCCCCGAAGAAACCAACAACUGCGCCGAUCCUACCGUCUACACCAAAUUCUCCCUCGACCAGGCAGAGGAAGCCAUCAAAGAUUUCUGUGGCCACAACAUCGAGCUCCCUCCAGUCGCUCAGCCCGUCUUUAAGACUUACAAGAUGGACGGCGUGACCCUUCAGCUCAUCACUCAGUACUCCCAGCAAGGUCAGGAUGGCUGCAACAAGCCCUCGGACGGUCAACGACACCCCGAACUGUCGCAGUCAGACUGUGAGGCCAAGUUUAGUAGUGCUGUGAACAACUGCAACACGGACACCACGUCAGAGAAGUUUGGACAGAAGCCAUUUGUCUGGAACAGCCCUAAUGGAUGCAUCGACUUUUACAUCUAUGGUGAUGGAGAGGAUUGGGACUGUGAGGGUCUGGGGACGAUUCCUGUGCAGUGUCGGACUGGACCUGGACCUAUCAAGCUAGACUAA